GGAGAAAUUAUCCGAAAAUGGCGAAGACGCUAGCGAUUCGUCCCUACCUGCACUCAAUCUCUCGAGUCAGACUCUUUCGCGGCCCUCUCCCCAUUUUCCAAUCCUCCAACCUCUCUUUUCUCCCUCAGCAUCGUCUCGGCGAUGGUUUCCAGAAGAGGCAGCGGCUUCAAAUUCGAGAUCCUAAAUUCAUGAUGGUGGUGCAGAGAUUCACUACUCGAGCCACUCAUGUAAACGAUCCUGGCUCAAUCGACUCCCCUCUAAUGCAGUCCAUGGAGAAUAAGAUUAAGGAACAUCUAAAUGCAGAAUCAGUCUCUGUAAAAGAUGCUUAUGGGGAUGGCCGACAUGUCAGCAUUGAUGUUAUCUCAUCAGCUUUUGAGGGACAAUCUGCUGUCAAUAGGCAGAGGAUGGUGUACAAAGCCAUAUGGGAGGAACUUCAGAGCACUGUGCAUGCAGUUGACCAGAUGAGUACCAGAACCCCCACCGAAGCAGCAGCAGAGAAGUGAUGGGGCGUUGCUUGAAAGCAUGAGAAUUAGAACCCACACUCCCUCUAAUGAAUUUCAAAUGCAUGAGAACUAGAACCUCUAAUGAAUUCCUUUCUAGGUCUCAAGAAAAUAAACCUAUUUUGCAUGCUAAAUUUUUUCUUCUCUUUCUUUUUCUACUUCUUUUUCCUACUAGCUCUCUUCCUUCCUUUGUGUACUUCAUUUAUCUGAUUUGCAACUGGCAAAAGUCAUUCAAUAUUAUAUACCAGCCUACUUGAAGGAGCAUGACCACCAAUGGGUAUCUUUCUUUUUUUUGUUCUUUUCCUAUUAAUAUGUUUUGUUUUAUUAUGGUGCAUUAUAUGGCUGUUGCAGAGAUGCUUCACAUAAUGGUAUGAUAUAUAAAUAUUUCCGAAA